AUGAAUUAACAAGAUUAAGACUCAUUAUUGGAAAUCUCAUAAUCUGAUCAUUUAACCAAUAUGCUUAUCUCAAACAAUUUAACUGAUAUCUUUUUGAAUGAUUAUUAUAGCAAAUUUAAGAAUAGUUAAAACAUAGUAGAACCAUCUAUGACUAUGUCAAGAGUAUCAUAAUUGGAUAAAAUAUCUGAAGACAAUUCAAAUAUAACUUAUAUGAAAGUAAUUCAUGCAUCAGAAAGACUUAUAAUUGAAUUAUAAAAAAAUUAAGUAUUUUUGCACAACUUACAUAGUUAUUAGAAAAUAAGUUGUUCUAAUAAACAAAAUUGAUUUAAGAUUUAUAAGAAUAAAUAGAUUCCAAAGAAUUGUAAUUACAAGAAAGUAUUCGAUUAUGUGAAUAACUUUAAUCACAAUUAGAAAACCAAAUAAAAAUAAACAAAUUAUAAUCAAACUAAAUAUUGGAACUUAAAUUUGUAAUUAAGUAAUUAUUAUCUAUUUUCUAGUUCUCUUUCUUAAAAGUUAAAUCUCACAGAUCUAAAAUAAGAUACUCUUCAAUCCUCUAUGGAAUGUCUAUCUGUUCGACCCUCUUCAUAACCAAGAGGAAAGAAGACAUAUAAUAAUAAUCAUUCCUAUACAUCUUCUAGAGCUUAUUUUCAAAAGAUUCUCACUGAAGAUACAUAAAAUAUUUCAAAUGACAAAAUUAUGAGGGAUAAAGCCUUAUUAUUUUUGAAUACUAAAUAAAAAGAUACAAAAUAAAAUGAAUAAAACAUUAUCAAGAAAUAAAAAUACUAUAGAUCAUCAUCCAAUUUUUGGUCUAGUGUCACUACAUCUCCAAAUCCUAGUAAAUGCAAUCAUACUUAAAAUAGUAUUUCAACAAAUAAAUUAUAAACAUCUGAUAAGAAAAUAGAAAAUACUCUCACUCUAUUAAAGGCAAUAAAAAUUUAAUGCAAUUAAUUUUCAAGUCAUAAAAAAUUAUACUGA